UUCCUUUUCACCCAUGUCUGGGGCAGGCACCGUCUUGCUUCCUCUUCCUGUUAAAAAAUAUACACAAACAAAGUGCUACGUUAGGCAGCAUGGCAGUCAGAGGAGGUAUCCAGUGUGUCAAAUAUCUCAUGUUUGUCUUCAACGGCAUCUUCUGGCUUGCAGGGACAGCUGUCUUUGCCAUUGGCUUGUGGCUCAGGCUCGACCCAAAGACCAAAGGCCUGUUUGAAGGGGACGACUCUCCAUAUGUCUUCUAUACUGGUGUGUAUGUCCUGAUUGCAGCCGGAGCACUCAUGAUGGUGGUGGGGUUUCUGGGCUGCUGUGGAGCCAUCCAGGAGUCUCCCUGUAUGCUUGGACUGUUCUUCUUCUUCCUGCUCAUCAUCUUUGCUGUUGAGGUGGCAGCAGGAAUCUGGGGGUUUUCAAACCAAACAAAGGUGGUGAAUGAUAUUACUACCUUCUAUAUACAAACAUUCAACAAGUACAAAGAAACAAAUGAUCAGCGUCUAAAAGAGACAUUAAAAGUCAUUCAACAUGGGCUUAACUGCUGUGGUCCCACUGGUACAGUGGCUGACAUCGCUAAAGAAACAUGUCCCAGAGGAGACACACUCCAGGAGCUGAUUACGAAGAGCUGCCCUGAUGCUAUUGAUGAGGUGUUUGACUCCAAACUGCACAUCAUUGGAGGCGUGGGCAUCACCAUUGGAGUAAUUAUGGUAUUUGGGAUGAUCUUCAGCAUGCUCCUGUGUUGUGCUAUCAGGAAGUCUCGGGAGGUGGUGUGACAGCCCUCCUCAUGCCCAAAUGUGUAUUAAUAUUGCAUGAUGUCAUUCCCAGAGUCACAUGACUCCUCACUGCCAAUGGAACACUGCUUGUUGAAGAACAUAAACUUAAAAUAGGCCGGGAUCAGACUUUUAUAAAUAUGUUAAACUGUACUGCUGACACUUGAGAUAGAAGAGGUAUGGUGAGCAGACUGAGCUAUACAAUGGUGUCAUCUGUGCUUGUAUAAAUAUACUACAGAUAUGUGUCUUAUUGUGAUCAUCGAUUUAAACUACUGUUUGUAAACUGUUAAUAUUCUAAUGAGACGUUUAUAUAACUGUUGAUCACAUACCGCCAAGACUCAUGGUGCAAAGAUACACUGGAACCACCUCCUCACUUGACAGCUGUUGCCAAUGGAUCCAAUUUACCUACAAUGCAAAGAUAUGUAGUCAUUUUUUAUUAGUUUUAUACAAAACUCAAUCAUUUAAGCUUUGGUGGGAGUGGAAGUACCAGUUUUACAUUUCAGUUUUUCCAGUUCAAAUUUUAAUUUUCAAAUUUUCAUUUAUUUUGAAUGUAACGUUUCACUUUUCUGAAAUGUUUUGUUUUUAUACUUGUAAGAUUUAUGAGAAAGUGUUGUAUAGCGAGGCUGUCUGAAGGUACAUUUUAUACUGUAACUGACAUGUUUUGGAGAUUUUGUUGAAUGAUAUGCACUGGUUCACUGUGUUGAGUAAAAACUAUUAUGCAAAAACAA